AUGGUGCAAAAGCGUGGAGCUCUAGGCAACUCUUUCCGCUCAAUUAUGAUCGCUAUGGCGAUCAGCCUGGCUGGUUUACUCUAUGGACUUGAUACUGGAAUAAUCGCCACAACAAUCGCUCAUGAUAGUUUCAAGAAGUACAUGUACGGCUCUCUCGAUACCAACACUGCAAUCCAAGGAGGCAUCGUCUCGGGAUACUACGCUGGUAGUGCUGUCGGCUCUGCGGCAGCUUCUUACUGUAUGGACCGCAUUAGUCGUCGAUGGAGCUUGCUCUUCGGCGCUAUCGUCAGUGUCAUUGGAGCCAUUCUUCAAGCGACUGCGCAGAACCCGGCCAUGAUGAUUGUUGGCAGAGCAUUCUCUGGCUUUUCCACUGGAAUGGUCUAUCCUGUGGCGCCCGUCUAUCUCAGUGAGAUCUCUCCUCCCGAGAACAGAGCGUUCCUGGUUGGAUUGAAAGGUCUCUGGAACACAUUUGGAUUCUUUCUCGCUGGAUGGAUUGGCUAUGCAGGAGCAUUUGCAACUGGUGACAUUCAGUGGCGAGUUCCACUUGCGACUCAAGCUCCACCAGCAGUGGUUCUAGCGGUGCUGACUUUCUUCCUGCCCUACUCCCCUCGCUGGCUCUCUAUGAAAGAGCGUUACGAAGAAGCCGAAGCGACAAUGCAUUACUUGCAUGCCCACCGGUCUCAAGAGUUCGUUGCAAGGGAGCUGAGCGAGAUGCAAGCGCAAAUCAGACUCGAGAAGCAAAACAAGACCAAAUCGAACUUCCUCCGUCUCUUCAGCCGCAAGUACAUCCGCAGGACGCUCCUCGGCACCUUGAUCGUCAACAUGUGCAAGUUGAGCGGCUCCAACAUCAUUCAGAACUAUCAAGACCUCAUGUACUCCAACCUUGGCUACGAAGGGAAAGAAGCUCUCCUGAUCACCGCGAUCUACGGAUUCAUGGCAUUGGUCGGCCAGCUGUUCUCCAUCUUCACCGUCGCAGAUCACUGGCCUCGUCGCCGAACUGUCAUCACUGGCUGGCUGACAUUGGCCGGAUGCUUGACGGUCCUCGCUGUGUUGUCCGCUCUCUACGGAGAGACGGGUAAUCCAAACGCUGCGGGUCAACGUGCAGGCAUUGCGUUUAUCUUUCUAUUCGCUCUGUCCUACAGCGUGUUCUUCAACUCAGCCGUCUGGGUCAUUGUCGCUGAGAUUUUUCCUCUUGAACUAAGGGCCGUAGGAGUCGGAUGGUCGACAUUCAGUCAACCUCAGUUUGUCUUCAUCGGCACCAACAUCUUCUCCGCCAUCGUAUACUACUUCUGGUUUCCGGAAACAAACCAGCUUACCCUCGAGCAAAUUGCUUCCGCCUUUGGAGACGCCGUUGCUGACCCUGUCGCCCACGAUUUGGGCAAGACCUUGAAAGAUGAAGAGAGCACAGAACACUGGGAGGCAGUCUUGCCAAGUCAGAAGGCCUGA